GUUCUCCUCGGUGCAUCAUCGAAUUCUAGAUUCAUUUUCCCUUUAAAGCAAUUCAAUCACUUUGUAUAAUCUCUCUCUUGCUAUCACUGAUCUUAGUUCAUCACUAGCAAGCCAUCAUGUCCGAAUUUCCUACUCUUAAGCCUGCCUUCACCGUUCGGGUGAACAUAGAUGCCCCUCUAGCAGUUGGCAGCGCUUCUCGGUCCAACCCGCUACAGGUUGUGCCUAUGACCGGAGGUACCGUCAAGGGUGACUCUGGUUUCUCCCCCGCGCUAGACGCAGAGUUCGUCGGAGUCGGCAAUGACUACAUCCACGCGGAUGCCGAUGGCAAGCACAUGCGAUUGAACGCGCAUGCAGUUCUUAAGACCAAGGACGAUGCCCUUCUUUACCUGAACUACACCGGUGUCGUCAAUCUCACCUCAACAGAGCAGGCGGUCUUCGCCGGCACCGCCCCAGAGGGCUCCACGCCUUUCGGCAAUAUCUUCACUCAUUUUACCUUCGAGACCGGCGACGAGCGCUACAAGGACCUCGAGAACCGCGUGUUCGUCGGCCAGGGACGCUUCAACAUCGAGAGCGGCAAACCAGUCGUUGAGUACAGAGUCAGCCAGGUUCUCCAGGGCUAAACCAGAUCCUUUCGUGUCAGGGUGUACAAUGGUCCCGAUAGGACGAACGUCAAUCGAUGUAUCAACUCCAAGCGAAAGAUUAAACAUAUCUUCCACUUCCACACAGACAAUUUUGGUAGACUAGAUCACA